AUGACGGUUGCCGAAGAGACAUGGCGUAUUACCGGGUCAACGACCACCUAUACUUCAGCAACGCAGUCUCGGCUCGAGAUCUAGACAAACUUUUGUACCUCAAGAUAACCUGCAUCAUUAACGCCACCCAACGACAACAAAGCGCACAGCACCCAUCCAUCGAUUUCCAUCGUAUCUCUGUGGCCGAUUCCCCUCAGGAAGACAUCCUCAAGCACUUGGACAGGGCUACAAAUAUAAUCCACGAGACGGCGAGGAAAAACGGGCGGACCUUGGUACACUGCAAGUCCGGCGUGAGUCGUGCGGCGACCAUUUGUAUCGCUUACGUCAUGAAGUAUCAGAACUUGUCAUUGCGAGAGGCUCAUGACGUGGUGCGCAAAGCACGCUGGGCGAUCCGGCCAAACGACGGUUUCUGGGAGCAGCUCUUGACGUAUGAAAAGCGUCUGAGACACACAAACAGCGUAGAGUUCAUCACCAUACGGUCUCUGAGACUACCUAGUGUCUAUCGACAGGAGUAUAGCAAUAUGAACCAAUUGUAACGCUUUGUGCGGAAUGAGAUGAAUAUUGUGUAUUUUUCUUUUUCGUCACAAAUUACAGAAAUAUAAAGUUGGUCUCAAAUGAGUUGUAACGUAAUAAGGAUCUACAUGUAUUUCUAUUGUCGGAUAUUGGCGUCUACAAAAAUAAGUUACACCUGUAUCUAUGUAAAGUUAUCAUAGCUUCCAAUAAAUUUUGAUAGAAGAA